CUGACGCUCCUACAAAUGGUUUGUUAGCGCUGAUUUAUCGCCCUCUUAAAAAAUAUGGACUGGAUCACCCUAGCUGGAAUGUAAAACAACGUCAAAAUAUACCACCAAUUGAAGAUCACUGUUUGAAACUAGUGGAAGACUCCGGCUUUAAGAUUUAUUUCCCUGCUAUUAUUUGCGCAACGCGCGUCUUCCAUUUCUGAUUUAAUAUUGCUCCCGAAUUACAGAAAGGCUUGCUAUUGAGAGAAGCGUUUGGCUUUCAGUGGCUGUGGAUCACAGAAAGGGAAGGCUACGAUGCUAAGGACUUCGAGCGACAUCCUUCCGCAUUCCCCGAGGGUUGAUUUAAGUCCACAUUAAUACGACAGUGGAUUUCUCCAGACAAGUACACUUCACAGCCCCAUCGCCCGAGUUUCCACUUUAAGGCGAAGCCGGUGGAUGAGAUCGCCACAGCCAUAUUUUACAGAUCGCGAUUAAGGGAAGCGCUGUCAUCGUAGAAGGAUGAGAUUAUAUUUUUUAGCAUCGAAAUGAAGGACAAGAAGGCAGUCUGCUGGGCUGGUGAUUCCCCCCCCCCCACCCCCAGUUAGCCUUGGUAAUCGCACGGUAAAGUUGUAAGUGAAGUGAGUGAAGUCUCAGAUCGGCUAACCGUCGUGUUGAUAAUGUGAAGCAGUCUGUGAAAGCCUUAGUAUAGUACCACACGGUAGCUGUAUAAGCAGGCGAACCACUUUAAGCAUUCCUAAUCACAGAUCCAACAGUUUAACUCGAAUCCUGGCCGGAAACGCACCAUCUCCUGCAAUAUUAUGACCUCGCAGGAGCCGAGCUGGGUGAUAAGCUGUAACAGAGCACUAGAGUGAACACGGAUUCGCACUCGGACAAUGAAAAUGUAUGUCUGGAUCACGCAGACCAUCGCUUUUGCAUCCUUCGUCCUAUCUUGGGCUGAAUCCAUCGAAAGCUACGGAGAGAUUUGUGAAAACCUUUGCUUUUGCGAGGAGAAAGACGAAAUACUGGUCGUGGGUUGUGAGAACAGCGAGAUUAUCAGCCUCCUCCAGAUCAGCCCGCCGCGGUUCUCCGUCUAUCAUCUUUUUCUAACCGGGAAUCUGCUCCACCGACUGUACUCGAACGAGUUUAUUAAUUUUACUGGGGUUUCUAUUCUUCAUCUGGGCGGUAAUGAAAUCCAGGACAUCGAACCGGGCGCGUUCAACGGGCUGCGAGCAACCAGGAGGCUGCACCUUAACAAUAAUAAAUUAGAAGGGAUUCGAGAUGACACUUUUUUUGGACUGGAAAAUUUGGAAUACCUCCAGCUAGAUUAUAACUACAUCAGCUCGAUUGAAGCCGGUUCCUUUAGUAAACUGCACAUGCUGCAAGUCCUGAUCCUGAACGACAAUCUCCUCAGCAGUUUACCCAGCAACGUCUUCAAAUAUGUUCCCCUCACGCACCUCGACUUGCGGGGUAACAGGCUCAAGAUGUUGCCGUACGCGGGGCUUUUGGAGCAUAUGGACAGGGUGGUCGAGUUGCAGUUGGAGGAGAACCCCUGGAACUGCACUUGUGAGCUCAUCGCGCUGAAGGCUUGGCUGGAGAGCAUUUCUUACACGGCCUUGGUCGGGGAGGUUGUUUGUGAGACGCCUUUCCGGCUCCACGGCAGGGACCUCGACGAGGUCGCCAAGCAGGAGCUCUGCCCCAGGAGGAUGAACGUAGACUCGGAUAGGAAACCCGUGCCCCCUUUGACGACGCACGGCUAUUUCUACACCACCCCAGCGCCAGCCACGUCGUUCAUCACUUCAUCGCCUGUGUCAAAGUUCCCAGCGAGGACCCCUAAAGGCACUCGCCUCCCCAAAGUACCACGUGUUCGCACGACCUCCAAGGGACCCUCCCUAAAAGAAGGAUACAACUAUGGACCCAUUUUCGCCUAUCAGACCAAGCCUCCCGUGCCUUUAGUGUGCCCUCGCCAAUGCACGUGUAACAUGCAAAUCUCCGAUUUAGGUCUUAACGUAAAUUGUCAGGAAAGAAAGAUCGAAAGAAUAUCCGAGCUGGAGCCAAAGCCCUACAAUCCUAAAAAAAUGUACCUCACAGGGAAUUACAUCCUGACCGUGCGACGCUCUGAUUUCUUUGACUCGCCCGGAUUAGAUUUAUUACACCUUGGUAACAAUAGAAUAACAGUGGUUCAGGACCAUGCUUUUAUGAAUCUGACACACUUGCGCCGACUUUAUCUUAAUGGCAACUGCAUCGAAAGACUCACUUCAGAAAUAUUUUAUGGGCUGCGAAGUUUGCAGUUCCUCUACCUAGAGUACAAUGCCAUCAAAGAGAUCGUGCACGAUACUUUUCGGCCGGUCCCCAAUUUGCAGCUCCUCUUUAUCAAUAACAACCUGCUGAGGGGUUUCCCCGUGGAUAUCUUUCUUGGCUUGAAUUUGACCAGGCUCAGCUUGCGGAAUAACCGUUUCACCUCCCUGCCUGUGGUUGGAGUCCUCGAGCAGCUGAAAUCCUUAAUACAGAUCGAGUUAUAUGAAAAUCCUUGGGUUUGUACGUGUGAUAUCGUGGGCAUGAAGCUUUGGCUGGAAAAGCUUAAUACCGGGACUCUUAUAAAUGAUGUAAUCUGUGAAUCGCCCAAAAGAUUCACAGGAAAAGACCUGCGAGCGAUUAAAUCGGAUUUAAUCUGCCCUGAUUACUCAGAUAUAGUGGUGUCGACCACCAGCCCCACCGUUACCCAGUCCACAGAGGCACCCACUACCGCAGCCACCCCACUUCAAUACAUCAAGGACACUGGUUCUGUGCCGCUCUCCGUCCUUAUCCUCAGUUUGCUUCUGGUUUUCAUUACAUCCGUGUUCGUUGCCGCUGGUCUCUUCGUGCUGGUAAUGAAACGUCGAAAAAAGGCCCAGAGUGAUCGGGCCAGCACUAAUAACUCGGACGUGAGCUCUUUCAACCUUCAGUACAGUGUUUACAGUCACAGGUCGGCUCCCAAGGUCAAGGGUCCAGCUAGUCAAGUGUACGAAUACAUCCCCCAGCCUCUGGGACACAUGUGCAAGAACCCCAUCUACAGAUCCAGAGAAGGCAAUUCAGUGGACGACUACAGGGAUUUACACGAGCUGAAAGUCGCCUACAGAAGCCAAGCAGAGGAGGAAAGAGAAAACCAGCUGAGAAGCCCCACAUACAGCAUCAGCGUCAUAGAGCCCCAUGAGGAGAUCUCCCCAGUGCAAGACGUAGAUCAUUUCUACCGUGGGAUUUUAGAACCCGAGAAGGUGUCACCCAGUGGGAACAGUGUUGACUAUAAAUAUGGUAGCCCACCAAACUAUAAUUACUCACCAAACUAUGAAGUUAGACGUCAAUAUUUACAUCCGGAAAGGAUGAGGGAGACGGUGCUCUAUGGGGCACCCAGUAAUUUAUAUGCUGAGCAAAUUAGAAAUGACUAUCUGGAACUGAAGGCAAAGCUUCAUGCUGAGCCGGACUACCUCGAAGUUCUUGAAAAACAGACCACCUGCAGUCAGUUCUGAGCCAGAGAGUUGUUUAUAUACAGUAUUUAUUUAUAAUUAUCUGUUUUAUUUUCUCUCUCUCUCUGGUUAGCAUAAAUGUUUGAGGUGAAAGUGCCUUGGCACCAGAUUGUCACCUUGAAUGGAUAUUUGAACAAGGGGUGUGCACAGCACAAAAACAGGUCCAUUGAAACAUUUGAAUUUGCUGGGUUCAAGGAAGUUCAACUGAAGAUUGUCCUGGUGAUUGAUGGCAGUAGGCAUAAGUAACUGUUUUGGGUGUUACUGCUUCUAAAUGGACAUUGCAGUCAUUCUUAUUAUCUUUUGGGAAACAAUACAUUUUCACAAAAGUGGCAAUACAUCUAAAUGUGCUAGUAAGAUUGUUGUUUCUCCAUAACACAUUUAUCCAAGCUGAAUAUUUUAAGUUAUGAAAUAGACCCAGUGACCUACUUCAAAUCAAACAAAAUUUAACAAAAGGUCUCCAACCAAAACAUUUUGCUUAUUCCUAGAUGACAUCAAAAGUAAUGCAUGAUGUACAGAAAUCCAUCAGUACAUUGCAGUUUUACUGCAGGACCUAAUAUACCUGUCAUAGUGGAUCUCAGUGUGUUUCGGAUGACUUACAAUGCACAGUUUUGAAUUUGGUUCUAGCUUCAGUCGUCUUUAUAACUAAGAUCAAAUUGGCCUUCCAGUUCAAGAGACUAGCACACCCCUAAUGUUAGUAUGAAGCUCUUAUUCUUUAAAUGGAUGUCUUUGUAUGCAUUCUGCACUUUUAAAUUAGAAAGAGACCUCAGGGUCUUUAAUAUUCAUCUCAGAGUUGCACAAAUCAGUGUGUGCACUGGGGCCAUGCAGGGCUAUAUGAUGGAUUGUACAAAACUGUAUGUAAUGUCUGUACCCUUGUAAAGAAAAGGAUUUGAAAGGGGUAGUAAUAUUACACCACCAGGUGUUCAAACUGGCUAUUUGUGUGGCAUAUUUUUUUUACAUACAAUAUAUAGUUUAACAAAAAAUAGAAAUUAUAAAGGCAAUUGAAUUUUAAAAAAUGGCAAAUUGUUUUCAGUAGCUAUUAAUUAAAGAAAGCCAAAUAAAAAAAAUAAAAAGCAUUUGUCAGAGAGCAGCAUUUUAACAGGAUUUACCAUUGCUCAUUCUAACUAUUUGUUAUAUUGGAAUUGCGUUCUUUAAGUGAAACAGGUUUCUGCCAAAAUCCAGCUGCAGCUAGAAUAUCCAGUUUUGAGGUCAACAUGUUGAUGCAUUAAAGAAAAGCAAUUGUGUAAAGGAAGCAGUCAGUAUAAGAUUGGAGUUGUGUUUGAACUGAUUACAUUAACAUCCCCAGUAGAGGUCUCUACAAAUACACGCCAUUAGCUGGUCAGUACACAUUCAGUACGUUUUCUAUAUCAAUUGGUUUUACUCUUUGAAAAAGGUCAUUAUCUUACAUUCAUAUGACAGAGAUUCAUUUAGUUAGGCACCCCUUAGUACUCCGCACAUAUUUAUUUCAAUUCCUUGAACAUCUUGAUUUCCAUAAAACUGCUGUGGUAUUUAGAUGUUCUUUCACUUACUCACCACAUUUUUUCAGCCAAAUAUAACAUGUGAGAAUUGAUAUUGAGUUUGUUUAAUUCAUAGGCAGUGUACAGCAUCUUCGUGAAAAGCUUUUAAGCAGAUUUUUAUUUUGGUAUGUUAUACUUUUAAUUAUUUAAAGUACAACAUUUUUCUGAGAGGUUUGACUAAAUGCAAAUAUACCUCAAGUAUUUCAGCCAGAAAACAUAACUGGAUGAAAUGCUCACUGAAAUCUUAAAAAAAAAAUUGUUUCUCAUGGAAAUUAUGCAUGGAAAAUAGUAGUUAAGUCUAUGAGAAACCAAAGCCACCAUGAUUUCUCAUGGGGAUCUGGAACUGUGCAUUUAAUUUCAUUAAAAUAUUGUCUAUUUUGUUAACUGUUAUAUCUUUUAUUUUUUCCCUGAUUAACUUAUGCUAAAGGUUCAGUAAGUCAUUCUCACACUUGAUUUUUCUAAAUAAAUAAUUAUCAAGGCUAAGCUUAAGAAGGAGCCAGGCCUACAUUUAUGGAAAUUAAAAUAAGAGAAAUAUAUUGUUACUUCUUAUAAGUUCUACUUUUCAAUGCAUAUUUACAGAAAAUAAAAUGUAGGCAGAAAUUUCUUGGAGAAUUUUAUUAGAGAUUGGCAGAUGGAUUUUCUUUGCUUGGCCCAACUGGAAUACAGCAGCAUAUGUAGAACUCCAGACUUCAUCCUCUCAUUCCUGAAAAUAUUACUACAGAA